AUGAGACUGUUGUGCACCUUCAACGCGUUAAAGACCAUCUCGAACCGAUGUGGCAGGAAUGUAACGUCGUCGAGACACUUCACAACGGGCUCCGAGACGAUCCACAACGCAAGUCCCAGACUGCCUCUCCUGUACUAUAAGGCUUCGAAGAGCGCAAUGAAAUCGAUGAACCACAGAGUUUUCUACGCAAAUUGGAUCUUCGUGUUCGCAGCCUACGACUUCUUCACAACCUUCGUUGAUUUCUAA